GUGGUAGUGUGGUACUACUCUAUAUAACUGUCUUUCUUCAUUCUCAUAUCUCAGUAUACUAUCACCUUCUCCUUUUUCCGGCUACCAAAACCCAUUUUCCGGCAUGGCAUCAUCACCAUCAUCCUUAGUGUUUAAGGUUCAAAGGUGUGAACCGGAGCUGGUCACACCUGCAAAACCCACACCUCAUGAAUUCAAGUAUCUCUCAGACAUUGACGACCAAGAGUGUCUACGGUUCCAACUUCCGAUGAUACAGGUCUACCGAAACGAGCCAGAGAUGAGAGAGAAAAACCCAGUGAAGGUCAUAAGGAAGGCAUUAGCAGAAGCUUUAGUGUUUUACUAUCCGCUUGCUGGUAGGAUUAGGGAAGUCCAUGGCCGGAAGCUGGUGGUGGAUUGCACCGGCGAGGGUGCCUUGUUUAUCGAGGCCGACGCCGAUGUGAGUCUUGACCAGUUCAGUGAUGCCGCGUUGCUUCCAACUUUUUCAUGCUUGAAGGAGCUCCUCUACGACGUUCCUGGAUCGAGCGAUAUUAUUGGCUGCCCCCUCUUGUUGAUUCAGGUGACCCGUCUAAUGUGUGGUGGAUUCAUCUUCGCCCUCCGAUUGAACCACACUUUGGGCGACGCAGCUGGCUUGCUACAGUUCAUGUCAACUUUGGGUGAAAUGGCACGUGGCGCACAAUCUCCUUCUGUGCCACCCGUGUGGAAGAGGGAGCUCCUCAACGCAAGGGACCCUCACCCAUCAGGUGUGACCUUCUUACACCGUGAGUACGAUGAAGUGCCUGAUACUAAGGGUACACUCAGCAUCCCUCUCGACGACAUGGCCCACCGCCCUAUCUUCUUGGGCCCAUCUGAGUUGGCAGCUUUACGUAAACAUCUCCCUUUUCACCUACGCAAGUGUACCACGUUUGAACUACUUACCGCAUGCCUUUGGCGAUGCCGCACAAUCGCUAUCGAACCCGAACCGGAAGAGGAUACUCGUGUGGUUGUGAUCGUUAACGCACGUGCCAAGUUCCGACCACCGGUGCCGGUAGGUUACUAUGGGAAUGUGCUGGCAUUUACGACGGCGAUAUCAACGGCGGCUGAACUGUGUCAAAAUCCGUUAAGUUACGCGCUGGAAUUGGUGAAGAAAGCAAAAUCGGAGGCGACCGAGGAGUUCAUGAGAUCACAGACAAAUCUAUUGGUGAUGAAGGGCCGGCCCCACUUAACCGCAGUGAGAAACAUUGUCGUUUCGGAUUUGACACGUGCGAAUUUCGUGGACGUUGAUUUUGGGUGGGGGAAGGCAGUAUAUGGUGGGCCAGCCAAGACGGGUGUUGGAAUAUUUCCUGGGGUGCUGGGUUUCUACAUAGCGUUCAGGGACCAUAAAGGAGUGGAUGGGAUUGUGGUGUCGAUUUCCUUGCCUGGGCCGGCGAUGGAGAGGUUUGUGACAGAGAUUGAAAACAUGGUCAAGGAACCUCCUGUGGAUGGGUAAUUCGGUAAAUGGAAAUCUAUGGUUUAGGCUUCUUAAAAUAAAAAGGCCCAUUAAGGGCUAUUAUUCUCUCUUGGGUGGAGUAGCAUGUAGGGUUUAGUAUGAUGUUUGUCUUAAUAAUUAUGAUUAGGGUCUCUUUUAUUAAGUAUCACCCCUGGCUAUGGAAUAGUGGUGUUUAAUCUUUAA